UUUUUAAGAAAACACAAAGCUAAUAACUUUGUGUAAGUCUUACAUGUACAUACACAUAUAUAUAUAUAUACACACACAGUGCCUAACCAACAAUUUCGUCCAACAUUACACAGUUUUAUAAUUUGUUCAUAGAGAGGAAGAGGAAAAUCAAAGCAAAGAGCUAGAGGAACAGAAAUGGCAAUGAGAACGUUGCAAACCAGUGGAACCAUGCCGUCUCAUCCUAUGCAUGAAGAUUUUAAGCCCCUCUCAGAAUGGAAAGAAGAAGAAGGAGCUGAUAUACUACUUGUUUAUCUUCCCGGUUUCAUCAAGGAGCAAAUGAAGGUUCUUGCAGAAGGUCAGAACACUCUUAGGGUUCGUGGGGAGCGCCUAGUUGGGACGAACAAAUGGAGCCGUUUCCAGGAGUAUUUUCCUAUUCCAGAGAACUCCAACCUGGGAGGAAUCCGAGCCAAGUUUGAGGGCGGAAUACUUUCCAUUACAAUACCGAGGAAAAGCAUCCCUCAGCCCCAGGUUAGCCCUAGAGUCGAAGCCAGAGCAACCCAAGAAGCUGCUCGGAGCCCUCAAGAGGCCACGAGCAAGCAAAGAGAUACCAAGAUUGUCCGCCCCCCUUUGAGCCCUCCGAAAAUGAGCCCUCCAAAGGUUGCUCCAGCGAAGCCUGAUCAGAAGGCUCCUCAAGAAAACUUUAAAGCAAAAGCUGAUCAUUUGGAAGAUGAUAGCGCGAAGCAAAGAGAUACCAAGAUUGUCCACCCUUUGAGCCCUCCAAAGAUUGCUCCAGUGAAGCCCGAGAAGGGUCCACAAGAAGACAUUCAAGCCAAAGCUGAUUUGGAAAAUGAAAAGGCAAAGCAAAGGGAUACCAAGAGUGUCCACCCAAUCCCGCCAAAGGUUCAAAAUGACAACAAACAAACAGAUGAGAGGAGUACUUCAGCCUCUCCAAAGGCUCAAAGGGGUCAAGACCAAGAGCCUUUGAAGGCGAUUUCCGGUGCUGGUAACCAAAAACAAACGGAAGAGAAGCCAAAUGAAAGAAGAAUGCCGAAGAAAAGAAAAGAACCAGCGGUGGCUGAAAAUGUUAUUGUAGAGGUUGCUAAGAAGAGAAGAAAAGAGAAUGAUGAAAAAAAGGAGAGACAAUUGAUUGUGAAUAUGGGUGUUGCUGCUCUGGUGACUGUGGCUCUUGGGGCUGCUUAUAUCGCCUACAGCUUUGGGUCCUCUGGGAAAGCCAAACACUAGUUCUUUGAGUAGAUUUACAUUAUUACAUGUUACAAUCUUGUGUGGUUAAAGAUAUACUAUACUAAUUCAUGCUGUAAAUAAAUAUUGCCUUCUGUCCAUGACAUGAAUGAUUAACAAAGUACAUCAAGCUCCA